GUAUUCGUCUUUUGACUGAAAUAGUGAUCAUCUCAUCAUGUCUGGAAGAGGCAAAGGCGGUAAAGGACUCGGGAAAGGAGGCGCUAAGCGUCAUCGUAAGGUGUUGCGCGAUAACAUCCAGGGAAUCACCAAACCCGCCAUUCGUCGUCUAGCUCGCCGCGGCGGAGUCAAGCGCAUCUCCGGUCUGAUCUACGAGGAGACCCGCGGUGUGCUGAAGGUGUUCCUGGAGAACGUGAUCCGCGACGCCGUCACCUACACCGAGCACGCCAAGAGAAAGACCGUCACCGCCAUGGACGUUGUGUACGCGCUCAAACGACAGGGACGCACCUUGUACGGCUUCGGAGGAUAAACCGCUUCAGAUCCGAGAACAAACCCAACGGCUCUUUUAAGAGCCAC